CGUGUCCGGGGGCGUGUCCCCGCGGUCGGCCGUGCCGUGGGGGGGCCAUGGCGUGGUCCCGGUACCAGCUGGGCCUGGCCGCGCUCAUGCUCCUCACCGGCUCCAUCAACACCCUGGCGGCCAAGUGGGCCGACAACUUCAGCGCUCCCGGCUGCGAUGGGAAAGAGGAGCACAAAUUCCAGCACCCCUUCCUGCAGGCUGCCGGGAUGUUCCUGGGGGAAUUCUCCUGCCUCCCGGUGUUCUACCUGCUGCGCCUGCGGGAUCGGCGCCGCGCGCAUCGGGAUCGGGAUCGGGAUCGGGAUCCAGCCCCGUCCCCAGCCCCAUCCCGACCCUUCAACGCCCUGCUGUUCCUGCCCCCCGCCCUGUGCGACAUGGCCGGCACCAGCAUCAUGUACGUGGCUUUGAACAUGACCAGCGCCUCCAGCUUCCAGAUGCUCCGGGGCUCCCUCAUCAUCUUCACGGGGCUGCUCUCGGUGGCGUUCCUGGGCCGGCGGCUGGAGUGGAGCCACUGGGCGGGAAUCGUGCUCACCAUCCUGGGGCUGGCGCUGGUGGGCUUGGCGGAUCUGCACGGGAACCCCGGCGGCACCGGGCACGGGCUGGCCGACGUCAUCACCGGUGACCUCCUGAUCCUGCUGGCCCAGGGCAUCGUGUCCAUCCAGAUGGUGCUGGAGGAGAAAUUCAUCUUCAGCCACGACGUGCACCCGCUGCGCGCCGUGGGCACCGAAGGUCUUUUCGGCUUCUCCAUCCUGGCGCUGCUGCUGGUGCCGCUGUCCUUCAUCCCGGCGGGGCGGCUCUCGGGGAACCCUCGCGGCGUCCUGGAGGACCCCGCGGACGCCUGGUGCCAGAUCCGCCGGGAGCCGCUGAUCCUGGCGGCGCUGCUGGGCAACAUCGGCAGCAUCUCCUUCUUCAACUUCGCGGGGAUCAGCGUGACGCGGGAGCUGAGCGCGACCACGCGCACGGUGCUGGACAGCCUGCGCACGCUGCUGGUGUGGGCGCUCAGCCUGGCGCUGCGCUGGGAGCGCUUCCACGCCCUGCAGAUCCCGGGAUUCGCCCUGCUCCUGGCCGGGGCCGCGCUCUACAACGGCCUGCACCGCGCGCUGCGGGGCGCCCGGAAUUCCGGGAGUGCCGGGAGUGACCCACAGGAGAGGGAAGCGCUGCUGGGAGGGGAUGGGGAUGGCGGCAACAUCCAGGGAUGAGCGGGUGUUCCUUGGGAUUGGGAUUGGGAACUGGCCCUGCAGGGAAUGUCGGCUGUGCCGGCUCUUCCUGGUGGGAUAUGGAACCAGAGUUGGCUCUCCUGGAGCCUCUACCCCAUUCCCAAGGGAUUGGGGUGGAAUUAGGACUGCAUUGGCAUUGGGAUUGGGAUUGGGAUUGGGACUGGGAAUUGUUCGCGCAGGGAAGGUCAGCCAGGAGUGGAGAGGCUGUGCCGGCUCUUCCCGGUGGGAUACAGACCCACAGCUGGCUCUCCUGGAGCUGCUGUCCUAUUCCCAGGGGAUUGGGACUGGAUUGGGAUUGGGAUUGAGACUGGGUUUGGGAUUGGGGUGGGAUUUGGGCUGGAUCCACUCCCUUCCCAACCCAUGUUCCCAAUGAAGCCCCUCUGCCUCUGGCUCAUUCCAUGGGGAUUUCCAGGGGGGGAUCCUGGGUAAAUUUGGGAAUUCUCAGGGAUGGCAGAGGACAGGGACUGUUCCCCAGGGUGUCCCAGCAGGACUGGCCCUCAGGAAUGCUCCCAGGGAUUGGGAUUGGGAAUUGUUCCUGCAGGGAAUGUCAGCCACGGGUGGAGAGGCUGUGCCGGCUCCUCUCGGUGGGAUAAGGACCCAGAGCCGGCUCUCCUGGAGCUUCUGCCCCAUUCCCAGGGGAUUGGGAUGGGAUUGGGAUUGGGAUUGAGACUGGGUUUGGGAUUGGGGUGGGAUUUGGGCUGGAUCCACUCCCUUCCCAACCCAUGUUCCCAAUGAAGCCCCUCUGGCCCAUUCCGUGGGGAUCUCCAUGGGGAACCUGCGGAAAUUUGGGAAUUCUCAGGGAUGGCAGAGGACAGGGACUGUCCCCCAGGGUGUCCCAGCAGAGUUUGCCCUCGGGAAUGUUCCCAGUGAUUGGGAUUGGGAAUUGUCCCCACAGGGAAUGUCAGCCAGGGGCGGAGAGGCUGUGCUGGCUCUUCCCAGUGGGAUACGGACCCAGAGCCGGCUCUCCUGGAGCUUCUGCCCCACUCCCAGGGCAUUGGGAUGGGAUUGGGUCUGGCUUUGGAUUGGGAUGAGUUUGGGGCUGGAUUUGGAUUGGGAUUCAGGUGGGUUUGGGGCUGGAGCCACCCAUUCCCCAACCCAUGUUCCCAAAAAAGCCCCUCUGCGCAUUCUGUGGGGAUCUCCGCGGGAAACCUAGAGAAAUUUGGGAACUCUCAGGGGUGGCAAAGGACAGGGACUGUUCCCCAGGGUGUCCCAGCAGGAUUUGCCCUUGGGAAUAUUCCCAGGGAUUGAGGAUUGUCCCCACAGGGAAUGUCAGGGGUGGAGAGGCUGUGCCGGCUCUUCCUGGUGGGAUACGGACCCAGAGAGGGCUCUGAUGGAGGCUCUGCCCCAUUCCCAGGGGAUUGGGAUAGGAUUGGGGCUGGACUGGGAUCAGGAUGGGUUUGGGGCCACAGCCAGCUCUCCAGGAGCCUCUGCCCCAUUCCCAGGGAGUUGGGAUUAGGAUGGGUUUGGGGCUGGAUCCACCCCUUCCCCAACCCGUGUUCCCAAUAAAGCCAC